AUGGAAGAGCAGCAAGCUCAUCGCCAGGACAGCAAGGGCAACAACCAUGCAUCUCGGUCAAAUCAACUGCUGCCUCCACCACUGCAAGCCAACAGUAUUACCAAUUUCUCGGGGGUGCGAGCUAUCCCUGUAAGAACUGUCAGUCCUGCGGUGCUGCCUCCCCAAAUAGAGAGUCCAAUAAUGGAAAACCGAUCACUUGGACAAGGCAAUGAAUCCAUUAACCACUCAACAAAUCGGGUCCGGCCAGUUCCCGUGGCUCCAGGUCAUUGUACUUCAGCAAUGCCUGAUCUUAACUUAAAUGUGAAUUCAACUGCUGAUUCAUCACCAUUGUCGCUCAAACUGUCCUUACCGUCUGAUGAGAGGGAAUCCUUAUCAAGGCAUUCGGCUUUCCAGGCGGUGUCAAGUUUAAAAAAUGGUGAUAACACGAUCAUUGUUGCUUGA